GAUCUGAGGUGCACAUAGCAAAUGCAUUCAAAUUCCAAUAGUUUCAUGACUUCUCGUGAUAAAUAUGUUUAUUCUCAACAGAAACAUGGGAGGAUUAGUGCAUCUGCAAACUUAGCUAGUAGCACUUCAGAAUACUUGCCAAGACCUGUACAUGAUGAUCAUGAACGUCUCAACCUUGAACUUAGAGAGAAAGUUGACGGACUUCGUAGUCUUUCGAUAAAAAUAGGAGAUGAAUUACGAUCCCAAAAUAGUUUACUUGGAGAUAUGGCUGGAGCGUUUGAUCGAUCUGAAGGUGUUCUUCGUUCUACAAUGUCUCGAUUAUCUCGAAUUGCUAAACAGAAUUUAUCCUCUGGAUUAUGUUGUUAUGUAAUUGUAUUCGUGUCCAUCAUUUUCCUCAUGUGUUGGUUUAUUCUCCGAUUUCUUUAG